AUGAGAGGCCGCAGUGUACUACGGGAAAAACGCUGUCCAUCUCUGUGCGCUUUUUGCGCUCACAGACUGGGUCAAGCUCGACAAUCUUCCCAUGUUCAACGCCGAUACCUCCAAUCCUCUCGACCCGUCGCCAAACCGCCUGGAGAGAUACCGGCAACCGCGCAAGAUAGUGCCAAUAGGGGACCACAGCCAGGUUGGGGACGUCCUGCGGGACCAGGUCCAGGCCCGAGUUGGGGAGUCAAAGGAGCUGGGGUAGGAAUUCCUGCUGCUGGACCGAGUUGGGGACGAGGAGGGAGCAGUAUACCACCCUUGGGCGCGAUUCCGACACCAGGUGCUUUACCGCAGCAAGCAGCCGGGCCGAAGCCAGAUUUACCGACUCCUGAGAUUCAAAACAAGGAAGCUCUGUCCCAGGAGAAGCGUCCGCGAGAUCCAGUCUCGUCUGAAGCACUGACAGAAAGAUGGCAGGCUGGGCAACACCCUAUACCACACUUUCACAAGCCUGCCGCCCCGGAGGCCGACGCGGCUUGGGAUCUCGAUCCUCAUGAGAAGCGAGCUCGGGAUAUGAUGCUUGCACGAGAGGCAAAGUCACAGCAGAGACAGGUCACGCAGGGCUAUGGAAAUGGGCCGGAGAUAACGCGUGGCGGGAGAUUGGUGCCGCGGACAGAGGCACAGAGAAUCGAAGCGGCGCAGAGGGAAGUUGCCAGACGAAAAGCCAUGGAGCGACACCAGAAAAACAAAAUUUUGUUUGAAGGAGCGCAAAAAGCCGAGAUCGCACCAAGAUUUAGACAUAUUCUGGGUGAUGACGAGCAACGCAAUGCGGAGGCGGAAAGAGACGAUUCGAACUGGGGCCAGCUAAGAAGAGUUAAGCCUCAGGUCCAGAAAGAUACUGUAGGUUUUGAUUUCACGCGAGGCCGCGCUGAAAGGGAGGAGCAGUCGAAGUAUGGGCGAUACACGCCGCUCGCAACUGGAACGAGGCCUGCCCGAGAACGAAAGCCUGAUUCUCGAGAAUCUCCUGUCUUUGAUGAAAUUCAGAGAGUGGGACAGGUUCAACCUCAAGGACAACACAAUUCUGGUAUGAAUUUCAAAGCGCUAUCCUCAGAGACUCCGGAGAGGCACGUACAGCCAGCGAUCGAGAAGGAAUUCAAGAAGAACUGGGAGAUGACCGAAGAAGAGAUUGAGGCGAGUUCCCGGCCCGCAAAAGAGAAAAAGAGAAGAGGUCGCCAGUCUGCAGAGCCAGUCUACGAAGACGCACCGAGAGGAAAGAGCAAAGACAAAAUCAAGAGGCGUGCUCAAUUUGUGAGACAAGAGGAGGAUGAAGCUGAGACUGAAGCGGCUUUGGCUCGAGCAGAAGCGAAAGCGCAACGGGCUCGAGAGAAGGCCGAAAGGAAGGCCGCUAAGCGAGCUGCUCCUACUCCUGUACUCUUGCCAGAGUUCAUCAGCGUAUCGAAUCUGGCCGUGGCACUUCGAGUCAGGUACGAGGACUUCGUUUGGAAGAUGGAGGAGCUGGGAUUCGAAGACACCAGCCACGACUUCAUUUUGAACGCAGAGAAUGCUGGACUUAUUGCACAAGAGUAUAACUUCGAGCCGAUCAUUGAUCGAGGAUUUUCGGAAGAUUUGAGAGCGAGGGGUCCGCCUGAGGAUCCCACAGUGUUGCCACAGAGGCCUCCAGUUGUUACAAUUAUGGGACAUGUUGAUCACGGAAAGACGACUUUGCUGGACUAUUUACGGAAGUCAUCGGUUGCCGCGACCGAGCAUGGUGGUAUCACUCAGCAUAUCGGUGCUUUCUCGGUGCCUAUGCCUUCUGGCAAAGUCAUUACUUUCCUGGAUACGCCAGGUCAUGCUGCUUUCUUGAGCAUGCGUCAGCGAGGUGCGAACGUUACUGACAUUGUUAUUCUGGUCGUUGCAGCAGAUGACAGUGUGAAGCCGCAGACAAUUGAAGCUAUCAACCACGCCAAGGCUGCCAGAGUACCGAUGAUUGUCGCGAUUAACAAGAUUGAUAAGGAGGAUUCCAAUAUUGAUCGUGUGAAGCAAGACCUUGCUCGCCAUGGUGUUGACGUCGAGGACUUUGGUGGUGACACUCAGGUUGUCUGUGUGAGUGGUAAGACUGGCCAGGGCAUGCCAGAGCUGGAAGAAGCUGCUGUCACUUUGUCCGAGAUCCUUGAUAUGCGAGCCGAGACCGAUGGCCAAGCUGAAGGAUGGGUACUCGAAGCGAGUAUAAAGUCGAUGGGUAAAGUAGCGACAGUACUUGUCCGACGAGGUACAAUGCGGCCUGGUGACUUUAUCGUUGCUGGCAAGACAUGGGCGAGAAUUCGUUGUCUUCGUAAUGAAGCAGGUAUUGAGAUUGAAGAAGCCGGCCCAGGAACGCCUGUCGAGAUAGACGGCUGGCGCGAACAGCCCCUGGCUGGUGAUGAAGUUCUUCAGGCCCCCGAUGAGAACAAGGCGAAGAGCGUGGUCGAAUACCGACUCGAAAAAUCCGAGCGAGACAAGAUGGCCGAGGACAUGGAUGCCAUCAACGAAAGCCGAAAAGCAGUCGAGGAGAAGCGGGCACGUGAGAAAGCUGAAGCGGAAGCAGCUGCUGAAGCCAAGAAAGCCCAUGAAGAUGUCCCGGAAAAAGUUCAGGAUACUGGGCCCACUGGACCCAAGCAAGUGUACUUUAUCAUCAAAGGCGACGUCAGUGGAUCUGUGGAAGCAGUCAUUGACCAAAUUUCCGCGCUAGGCAACAAGGAAGUCCAGCCUCACGUCCUGCGUUACGGAGUUGGCCAGCUCUCCGAGUUUGACGUGGAGCACGCUGCUGGUGCCAAAGGCCACUUGAUCAAUUUCAACACCGACGUCGAGCCGAAUAUUGCUGCGAUGGCUGAACGAGCCAAGGUCAGCAUUAUCAACCAUAAUAUCAUCUAUCGGUUGGUAGAUGAUAUCAAGGCAGAAUUGAGCAAGCAUCUGCCGCCGCUGAUUACACAGCGUGUGCUGGGCGAGGCGGAGGUAGCGCAGGUAUUUGAGAUUACGGUGAAGGGGCGGCAGCAUAAAGCUAUUGCGGGAUGUAAGGUCCGCAAUGGAGUCAUUAGCAAGAAUGCGAGGGUCCGGGUCAUGCGGGCUGGUGAGAAGGUGUUUGACGGCACUCUGGACUCGCUCAAGAACGUGAAGAAGAACGUAGAGGAGAUGAAGAAGGGGAGUGAGUGCGGCAUGGGCUUCACCGACUGGUUUGAUUUCCAGGUGUCGGAUCUGGUGCAGUCUUAUGAGCAGAAGGAAGAAAAGAGGUACUUGUAG